AUGCCGCCCAAAGCAGCUGUGGAAGACUUUGACGAUGACUUUGAAGCGCAACAAUCCGGUGCUGCUCCGCAGGCCGACCAGAUGGCUGCCUUCCAGAAAAUGAUGCAGCAGAUGGGCCAGGCUCCCGGCUCUGGCGACUUCGGAUCCUCUCGACCUCCUGCGGGCUUCGACGUUGCCGGUGCCAGUGGGUCCAAGGCCAAGGAUGAUGGCGAACACAAAAAGUGGGUCAGCGUCUACCCCAUCUACUUUGAUGCUAAGCGUCAUUACGGCAAAGGCUGCCGUCGCGUCUCUUACGAGAAGUCGAGCCCUUUCCCCACCCAGCUCUGGAUCGCUAAAGCCGUCGGUCGCAUCCAGCUUAAGUACGUUCAGGAGCCGCACAAGACGCACCCUCAGGAUUGGGAGAACCCUGGACGUGUCAAGGUCCAGCUGUUCAAUGACGAUGGCGAGCCAAUGAGCAGCCGCUUCGCCAACAAGAAGCAGCUGUUCGAUGCCAUUGCAGAGACCAUCCAGCCCAACUGCGGCGGGAAGCCACCUGCGCUCGAACCGCGCAAGAAACGUGUCCGACCUUCCACGAUGAAGAAGCAGGCUCUCGCCGAGAAUGCAAAGGCUGCAGCAUCCGGUUCGUCCGGUGCCGCUAGCGCUGCUGCGGGUUCAGGCAAGAAGAACAAGAAGAAAGCUACUGCGGCUGCCUCCAGCUCGGCCAGCACCGCUGGACCUUCCAAGCCGGCCCUGACCAAGGAACAGCGCAAGCAGAUCGUUCAAGCAAAGCGCGAUCCCAACCCCAACCCGAUCCGCCAACGAUUGGUCAACAUCCGCUUCCCUCCAACGCUCGAAGCGCGUCUGCCAGCACACUCGCCUGCCAUCGAAGGCGGACUUCUCAACAUGAAUCUGGCCGAAGCAAUGGGUGGUAUGCCGCCGGGAAUGCCUGGCGCCGAUGCGCUCGGAGGUCUCGGUGGCAUGCUCGGUGGCAUGGGACUGGGCGGAGAUGACGACGAAGAGGAGGAGCAAGAGACGCAGGAGGAAGCAGCCGCCAAGAAGAAGGAUCCCAUGAAUCCCAUGAAUCUCGGUCGAAGACAGAGGAAGAAAGUGGUCCGCAUCGGACGUUGA